CUUCUCCUUCGGACCUCCUUCUUCCCCGCCUCUCUGUAUUUUUCUAUUCUCCUCUUUUUAGGGCUCACUCUCUGUGCUUAAUCCUCUCCUUUUUCUUCUUCCUUUUUUUUGUUUGGGUUUUGAUUUGACUGGGGCCCUUCAAACCCUAUUCAUACUCAGUUCUUGUCUUAUAAUUAAACCUUAACCAAGCGGCAAAAAACCCCAUCAUCAAAGUCUAGCACUCCUUUCUUUCUCUCUCUCUCUCUAUCGUCCUCGGUGUUUUUGUGUUGUUCUUGCUUUUUGGUGAAGUGGAAUAUUGUUCUUCUGGGGUUCUUUUGAAGUCUCUGAAAUGGCUGAGAGUUUGGACGACGGCGAGUUCUGGCUUCCUCCCAAGUUCCUUAACGACGACGACUUGUUCUUGGAGGACAAGUGUGGGGGAAAUGAUGUUAAGAAUGGGAGGGAUGGAGUUAGCUCCUACCCGUUUGAGUUCCCUCUCGGGUUUGGGCCUUUUGGGGUUACUUCUGAUCUCGGCUCGCCGGUUGAAUCUCUCAUUGGUUCCAGCGAGACCGAGAGCGAUGAGGAGGAAUACAUCGCUGGAUUGACUCACCAAAUGGCGCGUUCCACGCUGGAGGAUGGAUUUGGCCUCGACAACUCUCACGGUUGGGGCUCUUCUGGUUCUCCACAGUCAACGCUGUGCGCUGUAGGAAGUGGGUGCGGCUGCAAACAGGGCUGUAGCAGAGGAAGCCCCAACGGUCAUUAUUCCCAAGCUGCUUCUCAGCCGCAGCUCACUUUGGAUCUGCUCUACGCCGCGGCCGGCGAAGUCUCCAAGAUGCGUCUGAAUGAAGAAGCCUACGGCUUAAUCAACAACCGUGGACCCCUCCCUCCGCCGAGAAAGCCCUCUCCCGUCUCUGUUCCUGUAAAAAACCGGGAACCCGACGCCGGAGUUUACCAGCAGCUGCAGGCAUCUCAGUUUUUACAUCUGCGACGGCAACAGCUCAUGGAGCAACUGAACUCGGCGGCGGUGGCGGCGGCGGCUGCUCGGGUAGGGCAGUCAAAGGGCUGCUCUGUUAGAAACCUUCAGCACGAGCACCAGCACCAGCAGGGUCCCCAAAUGCCGCAGAACAGAGGAAGAAACAGCGAUUUCUUCAGUGGCAGAAACUGUCGCCCUGCUUCUGGCUUACCUUCCCCUCCCACUUGGGCUGCUCCACGGAAACACGCCGUGAAUCCCCCGCCGAACGGCUCCGGCAUGAGGGCGGUGUUUCUCGGCGUUCCGGGUGGCAAGAGGGAAUGCGCCGGCACUGGCGUGUUUUUGCCUCGGCAAGUCGGCGCCGUCUCUGAAUCCCGCAAGAAGCCAGCUUGCUCGACUGUGUUAGUUCCUGCAAGAGUGAUGCAAGCUCUGAAUCUAAACUUAGACGACAUGUACGUUCAACGAAUCCAGCCCCAGCCUCCUCUUCAAUCCCGUUCCCCUCCAGUUUUCAACGCAGGGAAGAACGAUGUUUGUGUGAGAGUCCGCAGCGAGUGUUUGGGAUCUCAGCAAAAGGGGAAUCUCCGGGCGGCGGUGCCGGUGGUGAACCAUGACAUCCGGCUACCACAGGAGUGGACUUACUGAAGCAACAGCACCACCAUUAGAAAAAGAAAUGGAUGGGGGAUUAGAUUUUACUAACUGCUUAAUGUUAUAUUUUAGGGCAAUCAAAAGGGUAGGAGAAGAAGAAGAAGAAGAAGAAGAAGAAGAUAAAGAAAAGAGUUAAUUAAGAGAUGUUUUAGAAGUUAGAUUAGUGGGUUAUUAUAGGAAUAGAGUAUUAUUGUUAUAGGAAAAGGGUAAGAUAGGGGGAGGGAAGUGAGUGAUUGGGAGAAAGGAAAGGAAAGGAAAGGAAAGGAAAAAAGAGAGAAGAAAAGGGUUUUUGGUUUUUUGGGGAUAGGAUUUAGAUGAAAUAAAGUUGUGUGUUAAGUGGGUUUAUUGUUGUUUUGAUUGGGCUGAAAGGCCAACUUGGGUGAUGAAUUGUAAUGGGAAUGGCAAAAAGGGAAAGGGGGGGUUUUUCGGUUUUGUGUUUGAACUCUCUGUAAAAGAGAAAGGGGAUUAAGUUGGCUUCUUUUUUGUAGAAGGGCAGAUUGGGAAAUUCUGUUUUGGAUUCCAAAUUGUCCUCUGGCCCAUGCUAAUAAAAUAAUAUAUAACAAAUUUUCACUUUUCUUUCA